UCUAUCCCCUUUGCAAGUGUGCUUCACGAUCGUACAGAGAGAGAGAGUCAUGGGCGACGGAAGUGGGAGCCGGGGGAACAGGGCGGAGUGGGUGCAACAGUACGAUCUCCUCGGCAAGAUCGGGGAAGGCACGUACGGCCUCGUCUUCCUCGCCAGAACCAAAUCUCCUUCUCCCUCCAAAUCCAUUGCCAUCAAAAAGUUCAAGCAAUCCAAGGACGGCGACGGCGUUUCCCCUACCGCCAUCCGCGAAAUCAUGUUGUUGAGGGAGAUAGCGCACGAGAACGUCGUGAAGCUCGUCAAUGUCCAUAUCAACCACGCUGACAUGUCGCUCUACCUCGCUUUCGAUUACGCCGAGCACGAUCUCUAUGAAAUUAUUAGGCACCAUAGAGACAAACUCAACCAUUCCAUUAAUCAGUACACUGUUAAGUCCUUGCUCUGGCAGCUGCUCAAUGGAUUAAGCUAUUUGCACAGUAAUUGGAUGAUACAUCGAGAUUUGAAGCCGUCGAAUAUACUGGUUAUGGGUGAAGGAGAGGAACAUGGGGUUGUGAAGAUUGCUGACUUCGGACUUGCAAGGAUAUACCAAGCUCCUCUGAAGCCGUUAUCUGAGAAUGGUGUUGUUGUAACCAUUUGGUAUCGUGCACCUGAGUUGCUUCUUGGUGCAAAACAUUAUACCAGUGCUGUCGAUAUGUGGGCUGUGGGAUGCAUUUUUGCUGAGUUGUUGACCUUGAAGCCACUAUUUCAAGGGGCAGAAGUCAAAGCCACAUCAAAUCCCUUUCAGCUUGACCAGCUCGACAAGAUAUUUAAGGUUUUAGGCCAUCCCACAAUAGAAAAGUGGCCUUCCUUAACAAGUCUUCCACAUUGGCAACAAGAUGUGCAACAUAUACAAGGACACAAAUAUGACAACACUGGUCUCUAUAAUGUUGUGCACCUAUCUCCAAAAAGUCCUGCAUAUGACCUUUUAUCAAAGAUGCUCGAAUAUGAUCCUCGUAAGCGUAUAACAGCAGCACAAGCUUUGGAGCAUGAGUAUUUCAAAAUUGAACCAUUACCUGGACGGAAUGCACUUGUACCCUGUCAACUUGGAGAGAAAAUUGUCAAUUAUCCCACUCGGCCAGUGGACACCACAACUGAUCUUGAGGGGACAACCAAUAUGCCACCUUCACAAACGAUAAUGGAACUGCUUGGAGAAAAUGUAACUGCAGUUUCUGGCAUGCCUGGUGCUCACGGGUCAAAUAGAUCUGUCCCUCGGCCAAUGAAUGUUGUUGGAAUGCAAAGAAUGCCACCUCAGGCAAUGGCAGCUUAUAAUCUCACAUCUCAGGCAGCCAUGGGAGAUGGAAUGAAUCCUGGGGGUAUCUCAAAGCAACGAGGUGUUCCACAGGCCCAUCAACCGCAACAGUUGAGAAGGAAAGAUCAAAUGGGGAUGCCAGGAUACCCUGCACAACAGAAGUCGAGACGAUUAUAAGGUUUCUGCUGGAAGAGAGACAAAGUGAAGAUAGAUUUGGGGUCGAUACUUCAGUAUCAAACUCAUGCGGGACAUUUUUGGACAGAGUUUGCCUUCAAUACUUGUAGACCUCGCAUCAUUGCAAUCAAAGAUUGGGCGCAUUCACUGGAAUUCUGAUGCUAAAAUGCUAAAUCUAACAAUGAAGCCAUGGAAAGGAAUAAACGUAUGAAAGGGUUAAACAACUACGCAAAUGUAUAUCAUGAUUGUCACUCUGCAAUUCUAUUGUAUUUUCUCAGCUUUUAGGCAAGAUCACUGUUAGUAAACCAAAUGUUACACAUGCUUUAUAUUUUCAUGAUGGAACUUUUCAUGAUUAAAUCUUUACAUUACUAUUUUGUAUUUGUAGAAUAUUGUCUCACAUAAUUGGAAGAUAGUUCAAACUUCGAAUGGCACUUGCCUUGGGUAAUUUCCGUUUUGAAUUUUUCUGUGAUCACCGGAA